CCAGACUGAGCUGCCGAAUGCUGGUCUUCCUCGGCUGAUCUUGAAGGAACGAUGACCGGAGCAGGAUGUGCACCAGCGGUCAGAUCAUCGGCAGCCUCCUGGUGCUCUCUCUGCUGGAGAUAGGGCUGGGCCUGUCCAGUGUGGCCGUGGGGACUGUCAGCUUUGUCAGGGUCAGGAUGGUGGCCAAACCGCAGCUGGGAGACUCUUCUCCGGUAUGGAGCGGGGCGUGUGUACGUUAGACAUUUCACUUCCUUCUUUACGGUUCGGCAAGCAGUGCUAGGGUAGCCAUGCACACUGUAUGUCAUGUUAACCUGUGAAUGGAAGGAGCACUGAGUCCAAAAUCAUUAUUUUCAUCAGCUAAUGCAUAUAUUAGGAAGGUUGUGUGUGUGUGUGUGGUGUGAUGUGUGGGUAUGUGUCCACGUGUGUGUGUAUACACACACACACACACACACACACACACACACACCCCCCCCUCUCUCUAUUUUCAUAGACCAUUAUUAUUGCACAUACUGGUUUUAUCUAUCUAUCUAUCUAUCUAUCUAGUCUAUCUACCUCUAAUCUAUCAUCAUCUAUUCAAUAUUUAUAUAUAAUCCUCUAUCCUAUCUGUUCUACCUGUCUGCCUACCUACAUAACAUCUCACAGGUAUGUGAAGUGUUAUAUAUCGUUGUUACAAUGUACAUAAAUAUGUUGCUUAUGUUUAGUCCACUUUCGUUUUCCCCAUUUUAAAGUCCUGUGUGCACGGUCUAUUGAAAUUUCACCCCAGGUGUGUGUUGGUACCACACUGUUCAAGGUGAAAGCAUUCAUUAGACUUCUGGAAAAUAAAAUGGUCUAAAGGUACAAUUACAUUGAACAUUGUAUUUUACAGUUGGUGUGCUGCCAGUCUAAAGGGGACAGCCAUUCCCCCCUUUCUGCUAAUGUCAGUAAUGCUCUCUGUCACAUACUGUAUUAUAAGGGACAUAGCUGGGGAAUGCAUAGAUGAAUUAUAUGUUGUGAUACUCCAAACACAAAGACUGCAUUUCAGGAGAGCUUUGGAGGACAUGGUCAUACUAAAUCAUCCUGAUUAUAUUAGACUGAAUUAGCCAAUUCUAUUUAACUAUUCAAUGCAUGUUCAUUAGACAAUAAAAUCAGCAUUUCUAAUUUAGUAGGAUAAGUGCAUAAUGUUUUUGGUUCUUAGAUGACUUGCCUUCUCACAUGGGUUAAGAAAAUUGAGGGAUAUGUGAAAAUGAAUACAUUGCACAUAUUGCCAUUUAGAAUAUGCUCAUAAAUGUAUUUUAUUUAAAAUAUUAGAGUUUUAUUACUAAGCACUAGAUUGAUUUGUUAUUGCUUCAAUAGCAGGUGAACAGUUAAUAUGGCUUGCAAAAUCCAAAGAUAUAGACCUUAUAUUUUGCAUUUAGAUGUGGGUGUGUAAUAUAAUUCUAGUCAUGUACUGGAGAUUGCAUAGAUAGGAAUGGACCUUACUGGGUACUUGAGAAUAAGUCUAAGCAUGUAUCUACCUAACAAUCAGGCUACUUUUUUGUCUGUGCCAAGCAAAGAAAGUGCUGAUAAUUUAUCAGAAAAUAGUAUGUUUGAGACUAGUACGCUGUCCUUAAGCAGAGAUUUCUAACAUCACUAACAUAUGCUUAUCUGUAACGCUAAUAUGGAGAUCUGCAUCCCUAGUUUAUAUGUCCUGAGGAUUCUAAAUUGUGUCUUUAAUAUGUCAUGUGCUGUAUGUAACAAAACCUUACAUCUAGUGGUUAAAGAAUGCCGGUGAAAAAGGUUUCACUAAAAACAAACUCAGGAGUGCUCUAGAACAGUUUUCAUAGGAUUCACCUGAAAAUAAUAAGAAUUAUUAGCAGUUCUAUAGAGCCAAGAUAUCCCUCGGAAUUUUAGUUAUACAGUAGGAAUAUAUCGCAUGAGAGCAAGCAAAUGACAGACAAACAUUUUAGAGUUGAGUCUAAACCUAUAAUAUGAGAAAGUAAUAGCUUAAAAGUUUUUUUCUUUGUUUUUGCAAGUGAAGGAUGGCAACAACCAUAAACCAGACCACAAGAAAGAUCUGGUUUAUGGUUGUUGCUGCAGUUUUAAAAGGAAUUAAUUUACACUAAUAUUUUUUGUUUGUUUGUUUUUUGCUCUAUUUAAAAUUAUUGUAAUUGUUUUAUCUUUCAAUCAAAUAUACAAAGCUCAAGAUGGAAGUUCACUGGCACAUCUUGAAACACAGACACACAGCACAACUCACAAUAAUGGCACACGUAUAAAACACACAAACCCCAAACUUUAGGCAAGAGAGACCCACACAACAGAUCACACUCAAUUUACACAUAUAUGUAUAUGCACCACAGUUUAGAUUCUAAAGGCACAUAUCUGGCAGGCAGAUUCCAUCCUUAUUCCCUCUACCCCUCAUUAUUAAAGUUCCUGCUGAGAUCAUCUGCUAGACUGAUGUCAACUGUUAUGGUUAAGAAAGCUUUAAUGUAGGGGAACAAGGGAGCAUUAACUUGUGUGGAGCACUCUGACCUGAUUAACUGCUUUCAUCUUCCUAACCGCUAUCACCAGGCCCUCAGCACAUGUUAGUGUGGACAUCUGAUGAGAGGGGCAGAGAACAAGGAGUAAAUCUGUUCAUCUGCUCCUUCUAUGUGCAUCAAGUCCAUGCAACUAACAUAAGGCUCACUGCUUAUGUAGGAGCAGACCUGCAGCAUCACCCUACCUCCAACUUUAGAAAGUCCUUACAUUGCACAGCAUGGCUCAAAGACUGCCAAACACAUAGUCUGACACAUAAAACACAUCCUGUCCGACUGCCAAACAUACUAAUAUACAAACUCAUACUAACAGCUUGAGACAUUCACAGAUUGCUUGGCCUGCAGACUGACAUAAACACACAUGCAUUCUAACAAUUACAUUCAGACUCAAAGGAGUUGUGUGUGUAGAGUGUUGUAAUGUAUUCAAUGUCAGCUAUUGCUCAGUCUAAUGCAGGAGAUGUUCAAGAAGGGGCAGAAUAUUGCAAUCCAGUGUUAGUCUUUGGUCCAGUUGCCAGUGGAAAAAACUAAUGGAGACAGGUGGCAUCCUCAGUUUUGACCUGGUGCCAGGCAUAGGGAGAUUUUUGUCCUUUUUUUUUUUAUCACUUAAUUUUUAUCAUUGCAAUUUAAAACAAAAUACACACUCGGCUAAAUACAUCUGUUCGUAAAAGGGGUAAAAUGACCCAAUGCUUUUUAAUGUGUUAUAGAGACAUGCAUUGAAAAGCAUGCCAAAAAUAAAAUAAAAAUACUUUUUAAAUAAAUAAAAAAAUUCUUGGGUUUCCAGAUCCCCCAACUGCAUGGCUUAGGUUAAGCUUAUUGCAAUAUCAAUCAGAAUCCUCACUCACUAUGAAGAGUCUUUGCCAAUCAGGAGCCUCUCAUUCUGAUCUGAUAAGAUUCUGGGAUCUGAUCUCAUCAUAUAAUUCCUUGUUUGUUAGAGGUUAAUGGGAUGUGUAAAUAGUAGCUGAUAUUUAUAUAUUGGAUCCUAGGUUUUAGAACUGGACUAUGUGCAACUGGGACUUGGAACAUGCAUAAUGUGAACAGAAUAACACAAGCAACAUGGAAUAGACUAUCUUGUGUGCCAGAUUGACAUCUCUGGUGGGCUGUCUUAUAGCUGAGUGAUUUCUAUAAAUCACUGCAGUUAUUAACUAUAAAUACCCACUUCUAGGGCAGAGAGUGGUCACAGGAUACUUUGUUUGGUGUCAACUUCAUAGAAGUAGCCAAGUAGUAAUUGUAAAAAAUGUGGUCUUCGUAGCAGAGGAACUCGGGGUAUAAGGAAAUAAAAGGAAUUUUUAGAAAAAGCACAGGCUUUUCAGUGAAGGGGUGGGGAGGAGCAGUGGGUGGGAUUGGAGAUGGGUAUGAUAUUGGGUCGGUGGUAAGUAAAAACAUCUACCUAAAAAUUAACGCAUAUACAAAAGUAAGAAGUAGACACAACAUACUAAUAGAUGUAAAAAUAUUGUAGGAUAGUUACCUACAAGUGCACAAAAUACCAUGCAUUUUCAGUGUUGAUUGAAGUAUACCUUAAUUGCACAUACAGUGAAAACAAUUACUUUCUCAUCCUGACGCCCGCUUACUGUAACACAACUGAGUAAAGCUUAAUGGGCCACAAGGGUGCAAGAGCCAUUAAAGAGGGGCUUUCACAUAUAGAGCCUAGGUGGUGUGCUGCCAUGGUGGAUGUCUGUGUUUGGGAAAUGCUUAUGCCACCCAUACACUGGGGCUCUCCAAACCACAAGGGUCUGUGAGAGAACCUUGCUAGUUCCACCUAUUAGUUCCACAAGCUCAGAAUAUCUAUAUUUGUGUAAUUCUACUUGUGUCUGUACAACUAUAAAACUAAUGUGGGAGCUAAGAUAAGGUUUGUUAUUUCACUUUAAAUUCACAUUAUUUUGAAAUGGAAUUACUAGACGAAAAGGGGUAUAUCAAUAUUUAGCAUAUUCAUUUAUAGCAUAGCAAAUUGAAGGACAGUACUAAAGUUGCAGCAAUCAGAGGGGACAUUGCAUUAGUUGCUAUGAUGAUUGUUCCACAUUUAUCUAUGUGCCCCAGAAUUGCUCCACUUGUGUUUAGCUAAAUAUGAUCCACAAUUCUUCAAUACUGUUUUUACAUUAUAUUAUACUGUUUUUCUAGUAAUUUGCACAGGUCUGUUAGUCAAAGCUUGCCAGUGUAGUGAUUUGGUACAGUAUUACAAAUUAUUAUUAUUGGUAUUUAUAUAGUGCCAACUAAUUGUGCCGGGUUUUACAAUAUUAUUAAAGGGGAAUUACAAUAAAGGAGGCAAUUACACAGUGACAUAGGAACAAUAGGUAGAUGAGGACCCUGCUCAAACAAGCUUACAGUCUAGAUGAGGUGGGGUACAAAUACACAACACGAAUGGCACAAUCACAGUACAGUAAACUGGUAAAAUAAAAUAUAGUGAUUAAUGAAUAACAUCGAUUUGUAGAAUAGCUACAGCUGUAUAAAAACAGUCACUGAGAAUAAAAAGGCUGGUACCUGGAAGGUUGCAUAAGUAGUGUGUGUGUGUGUGUGUGUAUAUGUGUGUUAACUAAGCACUUUGUGUAAAAGAGUCUAAAAAGUAAUGUGUCUUAUGACAACAUAGACAGUCAUUGGUUCUUAAAGGUUUAACUGAUCAAUAUCACACAAGUUCCUUUUUCUAUAAAAAAAAGUUUUACAGAUCAGUGGCUAAUAGACUGCUACUAACUCAACUACCCCAGCAACAGGGGAAGUCUACAUAACCUUUUACCUACCACUCCUCAAGAGACUCAAACAAAAUGGAAAGUUGUACUAAAAAAAUCAAAUUAAGUUUUCCCCUAAAUGGCAAACACACUGACAACUAGCCCAAUGUGCGUUUUGGUACCUUCAUCAGGGUCCCUUUAAACGUUUUUUAGCCACCUCGAUCUGUAGACACACCAGGCAGAAGGUAUUGUAGACUUCCUUGGCAGGAGGAGUCAGGGUAUUUAGUAGCCUCUGGAAGAUUAUCCUGUGUGAGCUAUGUGUGUAAUUAGGAGGAUUUAUAGCCUUUGCUAAGUAUGUGGGAGUUGAGGUAUUAGGAACCAUCUUUAAUAAAGGAUCUUUAUAUAGUGUUCUGGUUAUAUCAUUGGAGGAUUAAGCAGACUCCAUUGUGGGAGAAUCAAGACAUUUUUUUUUUUCCCUUCUCUUUUCAAUAUCAGGUAUUUAGAUGCGAAGAUAUAGGACUUUGUUUGGACUUUGGCUAGAAGGGUUACAUACUAGGCAUUGGUGAGGCUCUAAUAGCUAAGUAUUCAUUGAUGAUAAUAUUAGUAUACUCCCCAGUAUAGGUCCUGUACUUUCUACUAUGGACAUCAUUUUGAGCUUUAGAACUGAUAGACUAUUUCUGACAUAUUGCAAACGUCUCAGCAUAUAGCGAGCUUUUUUUUUUUUUUUACUGUUGCGGACACAAAAGUUACAUUUACUGUAUACAUGCUUAAUAUAGUCACCUGAACAACUUCAGCUUAAUGAGGUUGUUCAGGUGAGAACUAUAGCUCCCAGCAGCCUUUCUAAUGUAAACACUGUAUUUUUGAGAAAAAAAUUGUGCCCAGUAUUGUGAUGCUCUCUGAAUUGUGCCCAGUAUUGUAUUUGUUUUGAGAAAAUACAGUGUUUACAUUGAAAGCUAGGAACACCUCCAGUUACAGUCACUCAGAGUGAACCAGAGGGACUUCGGAGUUGGUGGAGGCAUAAUAUGCCUCCAUCCACUCAGACCUGCUGUCAGCAGAGCACAGGGCAGCACUGUGCACAGCAUCCUGUGAUUCAGUAUCUCCUCCCUCUGCAUGCAGACACUAAACUUUCCUCAUAGAGAUUCAUUGAUUCAAUUCAUCUCUAUGAGGAGAUGCUGAUUGGCCAGGGCUGUGUUUGAAUCAUUCUGGCUCUGCCCCUGAUCUGCCUCCUUGUCAGUCUCAGCCAAUCCUAUGGGGAAGCAUUGUGAUUGGAUCAAGCUAUCACAUGUCAGCAGACUGCUUGUUUUUCCUGAGUCUAACAGCAUCCAGAUUUACAGCUUCUGGCUUGAAUACAGUAAGAUUUUUACUAUAUUUAUGGAAGCAUGAGGGGCCCAGGGGGGCUAGAUGGUGGUUUUAUACAUGUUUGUGUUCCUGACCCUAUAGUGAUCCUUUAACCCCUUAAUGACACAUGACGUGUGACCUGUCAUGAUUCCCUUUUAUUCCAGAAGUUUGGUCCUUAAGGGGUUAAAGAGUUCAUUGGGCAUUUUAGAGUGGAUGCUAACUACUUAUAUACAAUACAUUUCUGUUUUAAGCCUCUAAACCCUCUAAUAUUUUCUUGUUACUAAAUAUUACUAACUAGUAACACAUUAUCUAUGGGACCUUCUAAUUUACUUCCAUACUCUCUCUCUAUAUAUAUUUACAUUUUGAAAAUAUGUAUCUGUACUAUAUCACACAGCUUACUUAUAUUACUUACAUGUUGAAUCAUUUUUCAUCAAGCUUUUCAGCAGACUCUUAAGCUACUGAGGCAACUUACAAAGGAUGGAACACCUUAACUGCAUGUAGUCAGUCUCAUCCUGGGAAUAUAAAUUCUUGUUUUCUGUUUUUUUUUCCCCACAGUAAAGGAAUAUUAUAUUCCCUUCUGGUGUUUUUGUUUUAUUUCUAUUUGUAUAUAAUUGUAUCAGGCAAACCACAGCUUUUCCAAUAUUUAUCAGAGAAAAAUGGGUAUAUGUUAUCUAAACAGGAUUAGAUUUAAUAUCAGAAAUGCAAAAUCUUGACAUGAUUCUCUAUAAGAUUUGUACACCUAUAAAUCCCACUCAAAUAUUGACUCAAAAUUUGUCAAUAAUUCUUUUUCCAGUUGAAGCAUAAAAUUAAAUGUAGGGGCACACACUGAUGAUAGAUAGUAAUAGCACAAACAUAUAGCAUAUUUACUCAUUUAAUUAUUGUAGCACAUUCUUUUGAUCUGGUGGAAACAUUAACAUUAGCAGCUGUCUUGUGCAGAUUUUCCUGUAGGCAGUGCAUUAUAUGUUAUUGUUGAUAUCGGUGGGUGUCUUCUAGAUUGUAUUUAUGUUUAAUCUCAUCAAAGGACAAAAUAUCCUUCGUAGAAAAUAGGUCUAAUAUAUUGCAUAUAGAAUGCUGUUGACAGGCAGAAAAGUCCUGUAUAUAAUCUCUCAUGACUUAGAUUGGCAUACCAUCAAAGCAAUUAUUGUUAGAGUUUAUUAACUAAUAUACAGUGCCCCACAUUUAGCAGGAAACUCUUGUAGUAGGUAGAAAAUUAUCACUAGUUUGUCAAAGUGCUUUGGUACCCAUAUAAAUUCAUUAAGGCUGUAGGUUUAUACAGAGUCAACCAAUGUGGCUGUUCACUCCUUAUGGUCAACGUAAAGUCUACAUCGUAUGACUUUACGUUGGGAACACCGAAACUCCCGAUGAUCUCGCAAUGCCUUAAUUCCUCUGUGCCUUCUGCAUCCCCAAAUAUAUAUAUUAAUUUCCUUCUGAGCCAAGGUAAAAUAUGAACCUGGGAUAUAAACUGGUACUGUUUAGUAAUUUUGGAAGCAUGGACAUUUUAAGAGCUGCCAACCUGCUUAACCAAAACAGUUCAAAUUUACUGCAACCUUGUAGCUCAUUUCUCAGCUCAGGCCUUUCUGUUUUUCAAAAUAGUUUGUAAAAAAAGGGCAGUUGGGUUCUUAGUAAGUGAUAUACCUAAAAAGGAAAUAACGUCUGUUAUCCAAACGAAAAUGUAUCUUUUCAAUGAUUCAAUCAAUUCUAAAUUGCAAUGAAUAGGUUGAAUAUUUUGCACAUUCAGCUGAUAUCAGAUAGAGCCAAAACGCAACAAUUGAUUUUGAAGGGGAGAAAAGAAAGGUUGCACGAUCUGAUAAAGCCAAUAUAACAUCAUCGGCAAAAAGCCCUACAGUAUGGGUAGUGCCUACAGAAGCUGCCAAAGGUCCAUAUUCAACACAAACAGCAGUGGAACAGUUGGAACCACUGAAAAGUUCCCUUUUCUACUGCUCUUCUGCAUCUUAUGUUCCAAUCCUCUCUUCCCCGUUGUUUCUCAUUUUUAAGAUUGCAGGCAGGCCAGCAAUAAAUGCUGAAUUGGUUUGUCUGUCUGCCAAAUUAGGUCUUUAUUUCUUCUUAUGUAAUGUGUCCAACAAUGCUAAAUUUAGUGAUGCUCUCUGAAUUGUGCCCAGUAUUGUAUUUUUUUUUUUAAAUGUAAUUCCGUGAUAGCUUUGUUGAAUUAAUAAUCAAAUAAGAAAGAAAAGAAAAAAGCUAUUUUAGUUUGCAAGGCCAAAGUUUGCAAGAACAAUUAUAUCCUCUGAGAAUAUUUUUUCACUUGUGUGGAUUAUUUUAGUAUCCAUAUGUUCAUGAUUAGAGAGAUGUCUUGCUGAAAAUAUACAUGUGAACAUAAUUCAUAUGCAUAAAUCUGUUGAACAAUGUUACCGAUGAUUUUUAGGUUAAAUAAUAUAUUGUUAUGUUAAUUAGCUAUUUUAGCGGAGCUCCCUGUACCCCGGCUGGGUACCUCCGCCAUGGACCGCUUCAUAGCUGGAACAGGGGAAAACCUCAGCGCUUCUGCCCCAGUUGCCAUGGCUUGGCUGGGGUCCUCCUGGAGCCUCUCCAUCCUGGAGCAGGAUAGGGGAGUAGCUCUAUUCCCUCCCAGGGACUGGAUGACACACAGCCCUUACAAGGACUUUCCCCACCGAAUCCUCCACGAGCUGGAACAACGUGCUAAGCAGUCAUUAUAGUCCUUCCCCUCCCAGUAACUAGAUGACACAUAACUCUGGGAGUACAACUGUUUUAAUGCUUCCAAACACAGCCUUUUAAUACACAGACCCCAGCAGGGCGUCUCCAUUGUCUUCACCACGAGCCCCUCCCAGGAAUCUCUGCGCCUAAGAGAUAAUUGUGUUAAAGACCGGUAAGCUAAUUAUCUCCCAGGAACAGAGAGGCAAACAAACAUAAAAAUACCCCAAAACAUAAUAAAAACAGAAAAUAACCCCACAAAUAAUACAUUUUUAAAUAGCCCUGAGCUGAGCGCACAAGUUCUCCAAAUAGCGCUCAGAUCCAUGCAGUGUAGGGGAAAGGCCACCGUGUUAAAGUUCUGACCUCCUCCUCCUCCUGCUCCUGCGGCCGCAAUACGGGGUGCUCCGCCUGGCUCUUAGGUAGCGUUUGUUCCCCCUAGUCUCAGGCUCCUUCACUCCAAAAAGCGCUCUCCUGGUGGAGUGGUUCAAAACCGCUAACCAAGUUGUCCGGGAACCGCAUGAUUACCUCAUGCCGAAAACAGUUCCAUAACAUUCGCAGCUAAGUUCCGCUGAGGUGACUGGGAACCCACAAAGUCCUUAUGCCGAAUUUAGUUACAUAGCGGUUGCGACUUAGUACUGCUGGGACUAUUCGUGGGUUUGGUUUACGUGAACGUCCGCCACAGAGCCAGCGUUCGGUUCUAUUUGCAUGAAGGGAAAGUGCCAAAUGAGAGGCACCCAGGGAAAGCUACUAGUGGUGGCUGGACAGGGUAACUCCCAAAUGGUGUCCCAGACCUGGACCAUAGUUGAUGGCAGGAGUCCAUGGCAAACAUACAUGGGAAGGAGCAUUUGCCACAGCUAUUAUUAAGUAUUUAUUUAAGUUUCUAUACAAAAAUAUACACUCUUUUCUUUUGACAGUUGUGUUUUUUUAAAAUGUUUUGCAAAAUUAUUUUUCUUUUUGGUACAUGGAAAUGACUCAAAUAGCAGACUGUGGGAUUCCUUUCACUGCUGUGUAGUUUGAAAAGAUCUCAAGCCGUAUAAUUUUAUAAGGAACACACCUUGGCAAAGUCAAGGAUAUUACUCAUAAAAUUACUCCCACUUCUAAUUGAAGUAAGCUGGUGACUUUGCAGCGCUACGUAUUGGACAUUUUAACAUGUGUCAAUAUUUUAAAACUAUCCCUUUUUUUAAAUAUAAUUUGUCUACCAAAUUUCAAAUCAUAUUCACUUUAACUCACUCAAUUCCUUUUUUUCAGUUUUUGAGUGUUUUUUCUAAUUUUUAUAUUUUACCAAUAAGACAAAGGUAAAUUUCAUUUAUUAAUAGAAUGUUCUCUUGCCUUAGGAGGUAGAAGAAUUGAACAUAAAUUUCCUACCAUUUUUCUUGUUUCUAGGUCACCUGCUGUAUAUAGCGUUAGAUAUAUGAUUUCAAACAGUAUCAAACAACAAGAGAAUUAAGAAAUCUGUAAUGUAUUAUGUUUGAACUUGGUCGUUGUAUACGAUUAUGGAUGGUGUUCUUUUUUAAGGACACAGUCAUUUUUACAGAUUCUGGCCGAGAUCAAAAAUUGGCAAAAUUCCUUUUUGCUAAAUUAUGACAUAUAGAUUUAAUUUUAGAAGUAAUUGCUAUCCCUAGCAGUAUUUAUAAAACAAAAAAUAAUUGUGUUCCUUAUUUAUUGCUUUUCUUUAUUGUUAAUAUUUAAAUACAAAAGAAGUCCAUAGACUAAUUUACUGGAACCGCAUGAUUACCUCAUACCUCAUGCCAAAAACAGUUCCAUAACAUUCGCAGCUAAUCACGUGACCCUUGCAAUAAGCCUCAACCUAUGCUUGUAAUGGCCAGCAUUAAUGAAAUAUGACCCUGUCAUUCUUUAGAUUGUUGGUAAUGUAUAAUUUAUUUUAUGUAAAUGUUCUAUAUAAAAUGUUGUGUUUUAUUUAUUAUAGUAAAGGAGAUACUGUAAUACUUUGUUAUAUAAGAUCAAUUUAUGUUUAAGUAUUACAGUACUUUGAAUGAGCUUUUAUUGCAAGUGAGUUUAGGUAGUUAAAGGCAAUAUUCAAUGAGGGGGUGACCGAGUGUGAGAUUACAUAUUCAGGACAAGGAGAGGGAAUGUACAUUCAAACUUUCAUAAUAUCCAGCUACAGCUGUCAGGGUCCCGCGGGCGGCUGCGAGGGGAGGCUGCAGUCCGCUCGCGGCACUCACCCUCCAGCCGUCCGCGGUCCCCCUUCCAGCCGUGUGCUCGGCGGGCGGCAUCCUCUCUCCCACGGGUGCCGUCCGCCUCUUCCUCUGUGUCCCCCAGCGGCAGCAUGCAUGACGCUGCACGCUGGGAGACCGCCCAUUUUAACAAACGCCGGGGUCAGUCACCUGACCCGGCGUUAAAGGCACAGUGCCUCAAUCACAGUGGGAGGUUUAGAUAUCUCCCACGUGUGAUUGUUAAUUCUGAUUGGAAAUUAUCCAAUCAGAAUUAACCUUUGGAUUUAUAUACUUACCUUUCCUGUUCCUCUUCGCCCUGUUGUGGUCUUUACCUGCUAGUAUUGAUACUGAACUUGUGUUUCUGGUUACGUACUCUCUGGCUUGUUUAUCCGACUUUGUGACUUUCUCCUACCCUUUGACCUCGGCUUGUCUAUCGUUAUUCUGUCUUCUGGUUCCCCUUUACUUGGCUUGUUUCCUGACUAUUCUUUGUGUGCUUAGCCCGGCCACUCUAAGGUCCGGUACGGCACUUUGUGUGUGUGUGUUGACGUGUUUGGUUCCCCGAAUCGUGACAACAGCAGUUUAUGAGAACCGUAAUCCUCCCAGUACCUUUUUCAAAUAAUUAGCUAUACUUCAUCAUCAGGGUUUUUAGCUAAAUUGUGUAUUGUUAGUGAUCAACUCUGCAUCUUCCUCAUUAAGCAAUGUAUUACAACAAAUACCUGCAAAUCAAUGAUCUGGUUUGAUUAUCGUUCAAUGCAUUAUUUGUCUGUUUUCAUCAUUCACUCACUAUGUCCAGAGAAGAACUAAGAUCCCACAGGGACCAAGGUAGGUUACCUGUUUGGGACCCCCUUUAUUCUAAACAUAGGAAUGGUUAAUGGGGGCAUGCAACCCUAAGCGGCUGGUGAAGAUCACCUUAAGGCUAAUCCUGGUCUGAGUACCUAUACACUACCAGAGCCAGAGUAUUUGGCUUCCAGUCAGAUUCAUUUGAUGUGUACUCCUAGACAGCAACUAUUUGCAGUGCAGCCAUUAUGUUAGUUCCUUUUCCAUUACCAAUAUGCAGGGAGAGCAAACCCUCCAAUAUUGGCAUUCCAUAAAGGGGGAUGACUGUGGAUGGGGUAAAAGGAUUGACCCAGUGAUACAAAUUCUAAUAUAGGCAGAAUAAAUAUGUCUCAAGCACUCUGGGAUAACAAAAAUAGCAGCUUGAUAAAGACCCAGUAGGGUUGAAGCAUUGUUAUCCCGGAGUGCCUGAACCGUUAUUUAUUCUACAUAUCUUGGAAGGGAAGCCUAACCAGCCCUGGCUUCAGAGCACCUGGGUUAUUUAGUGAGUGCGGUAUCCAGUAUGUCUCUAAUAGUGAUGCAAAUUUUGUGAUUUGCUCUGCCUAAAGGGGCAGACCUUCUCCCUUUCCUAAAGAAUAGGCAAGUCAGCCUGGCAUGAUUCACAACAAGCUGCCAGUUAUAACCGGUUGACCCACUAGGGGCGGAAAAUGCCAAGAGCUGUGUUUUAGCGCUGUCUCCAUGGUCUUGGUGCCCUAAGACUGGCAAGACCAUGUCUGUGAUGGACCGCCUGGCACUCCUACCGAGUACCGCCGUCAAUCGCUGCUUCCUAGUACUGACGAGUACCAUAAGUGCUGCGCUGGAGCACCAUAACCACUGCAAACCCCACAAACCACCGCAGCUUGGUUGGGGUCUCGCCGUCCUCCACCCACCCUGGACCCAAGACCAGGAUCCAGCUUCCAGUGGGUAGGCCUCUCUUAGUCCCGAGAGCAUAGCAUGUACAGCUCUUACAAGUGAUUAUACUCAGGGGAGUAUAGUCAAUGGCGUACACACAAUCCAUGGGGCCCGGUGCAAAACUGAUCCGUGGGCCCCCCCAUCUCCCCUGUCUCCCCCGAUCCGUGCCCCCCCAUACCCACUAUCACAUACAUACAGACACACAGACACAUACACACAGACAGACACACACACACAUACAUAUACCCCCAGACAGACACAUACACACACACACAUAUAUACACACAGACACACACAGACACAUAGACAAACACACAUACACACACAUACAGAGACACACACACAUACAGACACAGACACAUACAUAGAGACACAGACACACACACACACACACAGAGACACAGACACACACACAUACAUACAGAGAGACACAGACACACAUACAGAGACACAGACACACACACAUACAGAGUUACAGACACAUACAGAGACAUACAUAUACAAAAUGUUUCCUACCUUGUGACUUACCCUGGGGGCUCAGCCUGAUGGGAGUCAGAGUUCCCACUCUGACUCCCUCCUCCUCCUUCCUUCCGCGCGGGUCCUGAUAGCUGGGAGGAGUGACCGGGGAAUCACUUCCUCCCAGCUAGUGAUGUCAUUACAGCUGUUAAAGCGCCGAGCGCUGACCGGGCCCCCUGAUAAUCCAUAUUCAUCGGGUGGCCCUGACAGCAUGGGCCACUCGAUGGACCCCUUCCAAAACGUGGCAGCUGGUACCCGGUUGCGGGGGUCCGCAGGGCGGCUGGGUCCCCUUGAGUGCCAGACCUGGUCGCAGCUGCGACCCCUGCGACCGCGGUAUGUACGCCGCUGAGUAUAGUGAUUAUAGCAAUCCCCAGAGUGUAGUUCUCCAAUCCCCCAAACAUGAGCCAAGACUUCAUGAAGAUACAAGGUGAUCUGAGCUUUAAUGGUUCAGGUUGGCUUUUAUACAAUUCUUCAGGCCAGAGGAACACCCUCUGGACCUGAUGGGGCCCAGGAACACAAACCAAUCAAAACAAACAUACUGUCUGUGACACACCCAUGUACAGCACCCAAUCCCUCCCCUCUGCUUGGGAGAUAAUUGAGUAAAGUCCUGUAAGUAACUCAAUUAUCUCCAGGCAGAAAAACCACAUUUUCACAAAGUUCAGAAAGUACCCCAAAACAUAACAUACCCCAAAACUUUACAUCCCUGGAUAGCCCUGAUCUGGGUGAACAACAUAUCCAAAACUCACCCAUAUCAGAGGAGGGGUUCAAAACGUUCAUAGAAGUCUCUUUUUGACCGGUUGCAAGCAUGGCUUCAUGCCCAAAACAGUUCCAGGGAAUUAGGGCCAGCGGUUGGUCUCUCUUUGUGGAGUACAAAAGUACUUACAUUACAUGAAUGUAGCCUUUUAAAGUGUAUUGGGCAAGGUAUAUUGCAGGGCCCAUAGUCACAGGGUAGGAGGCAAGCAAACAGACCCCUCCAAAAACUUGUGGCAAACUCACAGAAAAAGGGGAGUUUGUCACAACGUCUAAUGACUGUGGGACAGUUUUCGGGUGAAGCUGAAAGCUGGUAAUGAGGAAACAAAGUUUAAAUGGUUCACUCACCGGAAUUGGGACAGUUAGGAGGUGUGGGAGAGGGAUGAGGAGACACUUCUCUCUCUUACCAAUGAUUCUCCAGGUAUUUCACUCAAGGAAGAGGAACUGAAUUGGCAGCAGUAGUGGCUACCAGGGCUUUUAACUCCUAUCAAUAUCAAUAUGAGACAGUGUCAUUAUAUACUAAACCAUCAUGUACUGAAUAAAUAUACAAAACAUUGAAAUAGACAAAUCAGUACAAACAUUUUGUCUAAAUUUCACCCUAUUAUUAAUCUUUCAUAUGUUAAUUCUUGUAUUCUUCUCUGGAAAGUUUCCUUAACGUAGACUGAUACAGAUUGAUUUCUGAAACCACAACUAACAUCAAUGAAUUGCAUGAUAUGCUGCUACUCCAGUGUUUAGCCAGAAAUCACAAUUAGAAUAUAUUUUUAGGGGAUAACUGCUUGUGCCAGGCGUUGGAUGGUAUCUCGAGAAAAAUCCAAUCAAAUGUGUUUAUAUAUACAUUCACACUGAAUCUCAGGAGAAUAUUGCUCCUUGUGGGUUAAAUAAGAUCUCAGCUUUAUUCAAGUCAUAUUGAAAGCAUAAUACACCAGCAAAACAUUGCAAAAACCAAAAAAAAAAAAAAAAAUUCCACCGUAUAAAAGCAACAUGGGGGCAUACAGACACAAAACAUAAAAAAAAGUUUGCAGAGCGUGUUUCUCACAGCACCAGAUUCUUCUUCAGAAACUGCGUGAAUCGCAUUCAGCAGACGUCUUGAUGUUUUGUGUCUUCCCCCCAUGUUGCUCAAAUACAUUGGAAUAGUUUGUUCUUGCAAUUUUCAGUUGAAACAUUAUGCUUUAUAAAGACUUAAAACAACUGAUAUUUUAUAUAAUUCACAAAGUAAUAUAGUACUGAACUUGAGCAUCAAGGUAAACAUACACUUUUGGUUUUUAAAACCAUUAAAGGGACACUCUAAACAUUAGAACGACUUAAGCUUAAUAAAGUAGUUUUGGUGUAUAGAUCGUGCCCCUCUCACUGCUCAAUUCUCUGCCGUUUAGGAGUUAAAGGAACACUAUAAUGUUAGGAAUAUAAUAAUGUAUUCCUAAUGCUAGAGCGCUAUUGGAUUAUUUGCCCCCUUCCCCUGUAUCCAUUCAAAAUAAUUGUACUUAUCUUUAUUCCCCCAGUGUGCCAGGUUACCCACUUCUCCCGGCUGUGAUCGUCAAUCUAAAAUUAUUCUAAAAUUAUUUUAAGACCUAUUCUAAAAUGAAAUGUCUCACUAAAUUAAAACAGUCAAUGGAGCUGCUAAUGCUUAACAAGCAGUGCGUUUUAUGCUGGCGUAAGCUACUUUUCAGUCCUAAUUGAGAUGAUGGUAAUUUUAUUUUUUUUAUAUAUAUAUAUGUAUUGCCAUUAAGUUAUAAAAAAUAGAGACCCGUAUCUCACUCUUAUAUAGACAGAGUUAUCUAUGAAACACUUGGCUUUCAAUCUUGUGGUUUACAAUAUCACUUGAAUCCCUGAAUGCCUUUACUUUUUCAUGAUACAUCGUUCAUUAUUUCAUGUGAUUCACACACAUUAUGUUAUCCAGGGACUUCCAGGAUAAGCAAUUCUUUCAAUGCCUUACAGGGAAUUGCUGUGAGGCUGCCCACAGAACCAGUCAGUGAGUCUGUUUCGUGAUGUGUCUGUGUCUAUAUUUGGAUGUGUCAAUGCAUAAGGGAAUUGCCAACUUAAAGGGAUACUAUAGGCAUACAAAUAACUUUAUCUUAAUGAAGCAGAUUUGGUGUAUAGAUCAUGCCCUAUGUAGUCCCACUGCUCAGUUCUCUGCAAAUGAGCAGUUAAGUCACUUUUGUUUCUUUUCAUGCAGCGCUAGCCACACCUCCCUUGGCUGUGACUCACACAGCUUGCAUGAAAAAAAUGUUUAAUUUUCAAUCAGAUGUUAACUUUCUUUAGAUGUUUGUAUCACCUGCUCUGUAAAUUGAUUUUUAUUUACACAGAGGCUCCUGCAAACUCUAGAUGGCUUUUAACAGAGCAGGAGAUACAUUCUAGAUUAAACAGACUGUGCAAUAAAGGAAGUUUAAACAUUAGAUCUCUCUUUUCAGGAAGUGUUUAGGAAAGCUGUGUGAGUCACAUGCAAGGAGGUAUGACUAGGGCUGUUUAAAAAAAGUGAUUUAACAGCAGAGAGUUGAGCAGUGAGACUGCAGAGGAAUGAUCCAGACACCAAAACCACUUCAUGAAUCUUAAGUUAUUUUGGUGUCUAUAGUAUCCCUUUAAACCAUUUUUAAGAAAUAUAAAAAAGCACGCUCAAUUGCAUUAUUUUUUCAUCAAAUGCUGUUCCGACAAAUAAGAUCCUAUUAUCACAUCAGUACGCACAGUGACAAUGUGUCCAAUUAAUAUACUCACAGGUCACUGUAAGGAAAGAUGUAUACACAUAUAUUAUUAAUAUCCCUUGUUGCAUCUCAGUGGACAGGGUUAGCAAGAAUGUAAGCUAAUGGUUAUAGAUGAAGACCUCCACUAUAUUAAUAUUAUGUUUCCAUACUGUUGCCAAACGAGUGUCAUAUUGAGUGAUGGCUAACCGUGACUGACUGUAAUAAUGAUCGCCUGAGUCAGCUACUGUUGAGCUGUAAAGCAGGAAGAUUAAUAAGAAACACAGUAUUUAUUUAAUAAUAUCAUGACAGGUCUUUGAGAGCAAAAAGGGCAUUACACACAAGAUAUCAAUCUCAAAAAGCAUUCAGAGCUAUGUUUAUUUCAAUGGAACUUUUUAGCUUUUUAAAAAAUAUUUAAGUGUUUAUGGUUUUUCACUGGUGCAAAUUUAUUGUUGACAAUAACAACAUUUAUUGUUAUUAUCAAUUUUCAGUCAUAUUAACAGUAUAACUUGCAAAUAAUUCAUGGAAUUGUAUGCAUGUAUUCUGUGGAAGAAUGGGUCGAACCUCACUCUUUUAACAGGGUUAUUCAGUGAGAAUUGAAAGUGAUUUUCAAUUUUACGGCCAAAGAUAGUCAAAUUGAAAACAGAAUUGAAUUAGAAAAUGUUUCAAUUCAGAUAUUUUGGCCUAUAUUAUGAAAUUUACUUUGGAUUCCUUUAAAUUCUCACUUUAGUAAAUAAUCAUUUGAAUAUUACUAUUAUUAUUAUUUAAUUUGCAUGGCAUGCUUUGGCUGUGUCAGGAUAGCCAGGCAUAAUAUGUAAAUUAUAAAAUGGUUCAGAAUUUAUUUUAGACAAAAGUACAAACCCUUAGCUGACUUUUUUUUAUAAUGAAUAGCUGACUACAUGAUAGUAAAUUUAUAUGCUGGAUUUCUUAUUUUGUUAUUUUCAACCUUUCCAUUUCUUUCCAGUGUAAAACGAUUUUAUUGAUGUUGCUAAAGUUGUGUUCUAUUUUUGACUUUAACACAGUUAUUUACUGGAAUAUUUUUAGACAAACAUUGUUGAACUGUUAUCAUAGCUGACUUGGAUAAUUUUUUUCAAUUAAAAAUUCGCAUUGAAUUAACUUUGAAUUCCCCACAAUUCUCACUUUAGUGAAUAACCCUGAAUAUAUAAUAUUGGUUUGUCCACUCAUGGUGGGAUUGCACACCAAGCAUAUGAGCAUAUGAUAUAUGCAGGGGCGUUUUAGCCGCGAGGCAAACAAGGCAUUUGCCUUGGGCGGCAUUUUCCAGGGGGCGGCAAAAAAAGCCGCCCCCAAAUGCCGAGGGCAAAUGCCUUGUUAGCCUCGCGGCUAACAGACAUGCCGGGCGGCUUGAGAGGGAGCUCUUUUACUGAGCAGUCUUCUCAGCUCCCUCGCGCGCCGCAGAGUGAGGCUGGGAGAUGGAAUAUGACGUCAUAUUCCGGCUUCCAGCCUCACUCUGCGGUGCGCGAGGGAGCUAAGCAGACAGCUCAGAAGAAGUGCUCCCUCGCCAGCCCACCGACCGCCCAGCAGCCACUGCACCCCCAGGAAGAGAGGGAACCCACCAUCCCCAGCAUUCCCAAAGGUAAGGAGGCUGGGGGGGGGGGGAUUUAAUAAAUAAAAAAAUGUUAAUGUGAGUGAGUGUGUGUGUCUGUUAGUGUGUGUGUCUGUUAGUGUGUGUGUCUGUUAGUGUGUGUGUGUCUGUUAGUGUUUGUGUGUGUCUGUUAGUGUGUGUGUGUCUGUUAGUGAGUGUGUGUUAGUGUGUGUGUGUGUAUGUUUGUUAGUGAGUGUGUGUGUCUGUUAGUGAGUGUGUGUUAGUGAGUGUGUGUGUGUUAGUGUGUAUGUGUUUCUUUUAGCUAGUGUAUGCGUAUCUGUCAGUGAAUGUGUGUGUGUAUUUAGAAGAAGGGGUGGGGGGAAGGGUUGGGUGGGGGUGGCCUAGGGCAGCACCAAACCAGGAUACACCACUGGAUAUAUGCAGUGCAUAGCGUUGUUAUUGCAGCCUGCAUAGAAUGCCUAUAGUUUACCCUCACUAACACCUCUAUAUGAGACAUUCCUAUUUCUACAGUUGAUAAAUGUGCACCAUUGCUUACUAAUAAUAUCUAUCCAUACAUACAUACAUAAAUGCUAACUAAAGGCUUAUAUAUUCUGUAUGUAAAGCUAACAGAAAUAUUUUCAAUGUCCAGAAUUAUUUCUCAAGUAUGGUUAUACUUGUUGCAAUCAAAUGCAAUAAAACAAUUUGUAAGCAUCUAAUGAAAACAGAUCAAUGUCAAAGUGCAUUUCCCAGUGAUUCAUCAAUAUGGAAACCAUUCAUUGAUUCAUGCUGAUGUACAUUCAGCAAAUAUUCAUGGAUCCUUAAUGUCGAAAUGAUUUCCUACCUAAAGCGUUGACUGAGUUUACUGUAAGUGGUGAGGAAAUAACAUAGCCGUUGGAGCUCAAAAAUAAAUUAAAGUUAAGCAAGGCUGCCCUUUAUGAGAAUUCAGCAGUCAAUGAAGUAAAGUGAAAAUAUUGUAACCUAUUCAGAAUCUUUACUGCUCAACGCUCUCUUUUAUUAGUAGUCUGGCACUCAAAGUGUUAAACAAUUAAAUAAUAGUAUAUGUUCAGUGAUCUGUAAAACUCUGAUUUAAACAUUAAAUUAAUACUAGUCAGUAUUGACCUUGAGUGUUUAUUGAGUAGAUUGCUAUUUAAUAUGUCAGAAAAGGGGGUAUCUGACCAUAUGCCAAGAGCCAAAGGCAGGUUACCAGUUUACGCUCCCUCUUCACUAUUCCUAUGGGGAUGAUGAAUGGAGCCAGGCUUGGUCAAGUAUCUUUGUUUCAAAGGAAGGUAGGUCUAUAAGGAAGGUAGGUCUAUUGUAUAGGUUACAGAAUUAAUCCAGCAAAUGAUCAUGUAGCUCACAAUGUAUCAAGGAGCCAGUUCUGGGUAUGGUACUAGUAAAUAAAUAUUUUAGGUAGACCAUCAUACUUAACCUCCCAUUUUGGACGGAUGGACCUUCUUGAAGACAGUGGUUGGUCUGUCCCUUUUGGAUCAUAGAGGACCUUUCCAGUGUGUCUCUGACCUGUGUCCUCAACCUUAGCUUAGUCAAAUGAGGCAAGAGUUUAUUUUUCCAAAAAUGUUGCUGGAAUGACUGAUGGGUGGAGAGAAUGGACCAUUCUGAGAAGAAUCAUAUUUUUAUUACUAGAAUAUUCAGAACAGGACAACAGAUCCACUUAAUUAUCAUUGUGAUCAGACACAAAACAACAUAGGUAUUGCUCCAGAGAUUGGUUGUAACUUUUUUCUUAACAUUCUUUUUUAAUUUUUAUUUUCUGUGAAUCACAUGUCACAACAUACAUAAGAAUAAACACAAUCCUAAUAACAGGAUUCACGUGUUAUAAUCUAAACCUAACAGAACUAAGCUACAAUAGAGCAGAUCUGCUGAUUCUCAUUCAGAACAAUUAAGUAGUAUAGAUAGGCAAGGGUCUUAAGAUUGAAAAGGUAGGGACUACGCUGAUGGUGGCCCAAUACGACUCACAGCAAAAAGAGCUCAAUUUGGGACAUGUCCCUCUAUUAGCAGAGAGACCGGGAUGGUAAAGAAAUGCUUAAGUCCCGAACUAAAAGCCCAACUGUGUGGAGCAAAUCCAGGGUCCAGAAAACCCAGAGGUAAAGAAUUGAGAUGGAGGUAAGCCUCUGGCUUGCCUACCUUAAGGUCUCGUUCAAAGCACUCAGGUGAGAGGCUGGUUCCAGGUGAUGGAUCUGUGAUGGAGCAAAAGAGUGACAAUGUUGUCACUUGGAACAUUGCAUGAAGCUGCAGGUGAUUUAGCGAUGUGGUAUGCAAUGUUUAUGUUCUAGUUUGGACAAAGUCCUUCACAUCAAUGAUAAUAAACUCCCACCAAAAUAAUAUGCGAAAAGAUACUAAAAUGUGUUUCUGUGCCACGGCUUGUGCUCUGUUAACUGCAAGCUUAUUCCGUCAUGUACACAGAGUGUGGUUGCAGUUUGCUGCACUAGUGAGUGUGGCGGUAGUAGUGUUGCAGGCAGGAUACAGCAUUAUUGAAGAUGAAUAAUCCGUUUUUUUUUCCUUAACUGCAUGUUAUGCAAGUGUCUAAGCACCGUAUACUGCAGUGCACUGUUUGCUGUGUGUAGUGAAGACAAACAGUUACAUUGAAGUAGUAGUAAAUCCACUAAGCAGUAAACAAUUUUUCAGCACAAACAGAAGGCAGGGUGGAACCACUACAAUGACAGACAUUUUAGAAAAUGGGGGGAACAGCAGCAGCAGUACUUUAUCCACUAUUAUCACCUUUAGACUGAGCAGUUGGGAUAUUGAUGAGAGUGACAGUCAUCAACAUAGGCAGGUUGGUUAGGGAUAGUUGGACUUAUCAUCCCAGGCAAGUGACCAACCAGCAUACUCUUGAACAUUUUGUGUUGUAGUUCCUACAGACCACAUGAUAAAUGAACACUCAAUGGGUAUAUGUGUCCUAAAAACACGUAGAGAAGAUUCUAGGGGAUAAGGAGUAUAAAAAGAGAGGAGGAAAAUACAUCUUAGCUGUCAGUGAUACAAUACUGACAGCCUACAUACCAACACUCUCUCCCUGUGAAUCUAACUAAGAAAAGACAGGAUAGAAAAGGUUAAUAUUGUGAGGAGUGCAUGUUGUGCCAUAAAGUACAGUGUGUUGCAGGGCCACCAUCAGGGGGCAACACCACAAUGCUUUAGCAGUCCUGGGCCCCACAUUCCCUCUCUGCACAUAUAUAUAGCGAUGAUCGCUAUAUAUAUGUGCAUCCGCGGGCCCCCCGGCUCCCUAUACUUGCAGAGGGGGCCCAGCAGACUGCAUCUGAAUGUUACAGCUCUUCCCUCUCUCUAACUCCUGUGAGACGUGGGGCCAUCAGAGCGGUGCCACGGGUUACCAUGGCAGCGCUCUGUGCGGCACGCAUGGCACGCACCUCACACUCGCGGGAGUUAGAGAGAGGGAAGAGCUGUAACAUUCAGAUGCAGUCUGCUGGGCCCUCUCUGUAAGUAUAGGGAGCCGGGGGGCCCCACAAUGCCACCGGACCACCAGGGAUGGAAUCUCCCCCCUCCCUGAACCAGGUAAGAAGUAGGGAGGGGAAAUAGCUUUUAUUACAUUUAAUGUGGGGGGAGGGGAAAAUGCUCCAUUUACACAACAUGCAUACACUAGUAAACACACACUCUGCAUUGACUUCACUAACACACACUCUGCAUUCAUUACACACUAACACACACUCUGCAUUCACUACACUAACACACACUCUGGAUUCACUACACCAACACACACUCUGCAUUCACUACACCAACACACACUCUGCAUUCACUACACCAACACACACUCUGCAUUCACUACACCAACACACACUCUGCAUUCACUACACCAACACACACUCUGCAUUCACUACACCAACACACACUCUGCAUUCAUUACACUAACACAAACUCUGCAUUCAUUACACUGACACACAGGCAGGGGAUGGCAGCCCUGGUGUUUUGUGUGAGACAUAUAGAGCCCAUAGGCACUUCCAACAGGUUAAUUAAAUACACUGUAGUCCAUUUAGCAUGAACACUAUUUAAUUAAUUUCCCAUGUUAAAAUUAGUGUAGGACACAUCGAUAUUGGCGUAGUGGUGGGCUUAACAUGAUAUUGUCAAAUGGUGAAACUGAAUCCCCAUAUGUGUUUGCUGGCAUAGCUGAUUUUAUGUAGCCAUAUAAAACUGUAUUUUUGUGUGUGAGCUGUUCCUUAAUCUGUAUUUUGUAUAAAUUUUGGUCUCUACGGCAGCACCACCGCUAAGAAAUGCAUGUUCUGGUUGUGCCCCGAAUUCACUUUUUUAUAUUUUUAUUUAUUCCAGAAAUAUACUAAUAAAUUUUGACCACUGGGAAUUGGCAUUUCUAAAAUACCUGAUAUUGUAUAGCCAUAAAGCCAGUCAAUACUGUAGCCGUUUCUGCAUGUCAGCACGGCACCUUUAUUCUUCUUUUCUUUGGAUUAAAUUCUGCUAUCCACCAACCACCCCUACCCUCUCCAAAAUAAAAAAAUCCUGCCUUUGAUAAGUUAGGCAAUAGGUAUAUAAUUGAAUCUAGAAGACACAGGGAUUAUUUAAUUUGUUAUGAAGAUGGUUUUCCAUCACUGAUAUAUGAUACAUUUUUGUGACCAUUGAGUAUAGAUUACCUUUGAAGGAGAUGCCUCCAUUCUUCUAAAGCAAAGAUAAUGGCAAGUAACUCUCAGUUGCCUAUGCUGAAGUUUCUUUCAGUCAGAGGGAAAAUAAAUAAUAAGUUCACAUUUUGUACAAUCAAUAACACUUUCAGCAUCUCCAGAAUCUAUUGAGGCCAGAACCAAAAAAUAUUCUCAGAAUGUCAAGAAACUGGAAGGGAGAGUCUUGUUGUACCAAUUUAGUGGUCCUGUCAUAAUGUCAGGGUAACACUAACCCUAAUUUGCAGAGAAAAGGUCAGAACACAAGAGUGAGAAAAAUAACACAGGAUAGCCUAGAAUCGUUAGAGUGGUCAAGCUUAAUGCUAUUGCUUCUAGAAAGGUGAAAGACACCUUUGACCUAAGAGCAUUGACGGUGACACAGCUUGAUUACCUGGUGAUGCCCAUAAAUGAGUGAGCCCACCCUGAAAUAAUGCAGAAUUGCCCACAGUAGGGACGUGUGAGUCUGGCGUCAAGCACACCAGACUCACAAGCAGCCUCCUGGCAGAAAGGACUAUGUGGAAAGGACUGCUUAAGCACUUUCUGCGUUGUCCUAGUGCUUGCAGCACAGCACAAGAAUGUCUAAUAAUGCUCUCAUGCUGUGGUGCCUGGGGAGAGUUCCUUGGUGUCACCAAAUAUGGGACACCUAGUGUCCUAUUCUACCUAUCUCACUAAAGUGGGACAGUUGGGAGGCAUGCAGUAAAAAUGGGAUUUCACCCAGAGGGAAGGCACUUAUCAGCCAAACCUGUACACUCUGGUUUAGACCCGACAAGUCUCCAAGCAUGGUUAUUGGCAAAAAUUUAAUUUACAUAACGAUCUUCUGUUCCAUACAAUGACAUUCUUAACCGCUGUCACAUCUAACAUAUCUACUUCCCAUAUCAGUAUUUGCUACCAAACUACCACAGUGCAGUGUUUGUUUAGUCAUUUAUUAUAAAUCUGAAACAAUGAACCAGUAAAAUGGAAAUAAUACUGAAAGUAUUAAAUAUUCAUAAACUAGAAUCCAUUAGUGUUUUAAGGACAUUAUAAAAAGCUAAAUUAGAUGUUAAAAGGAGAACUGCUGCAUGGUAUUUUGUCUAGAUAGCUAUUGUAAGAGUUCGCUCACAUUGCGUCCAUUGAAAAAUGCAAUACUAUUAAAAGGAUGGUGUCUAUUACAAUGGAAAUAAAACUGGUUGUUACAGAAAAUGGCAUUCUACUCUUGAAAAUUCUUAGUUUCUACAAUAAAAUAACCAGUCAGUAAAAAAAAAAAAAAAAUGUGGUCAACAUAUUGGAAGGGAUAUAAAUCAUAUUAUUUUUCACAAAGAGGCCUUGAUUUAAUAUUUUUGGAUAAGGUUUACAAAUGACUUCAUAUUUUUGUAUAAUCUAAGGAAAGUACAUACUUUUCAAAGUAAUAAAAAAAUCAAAACCUAUAUCAUUUGAAAACAAUAUAUCUAGAAAUAUAUAUAUUUUUAGAUAAUUAAAAAAAAUUUAAAUAAUAAAUCAUUUGAAAAAUAUCAGAUCUAGGCCUAUGCUUGUUGUAUGAUUUAAAGCAUUCUACUUAGAGCAAUAAUGACUGACCUUGGCAAAGCAGAUGUUCGCAAAUUACUUUCCCAUGAUGCUCAGCCAGCCCUUAGGGAAACAUAGGACACAGAUCUGCUGUGCCAAGGUUAGCAAUAACUAGGGGGGCAAUUCAAAAAACACUGCAAAGGAGUGUUUAUUAAGUUCACUGUUACUAUGUAUUUUCAAGUACUUCUCAAAUUUUCUAAGUUGAGUUUAACCCUUAAUUCUAUUUUAAUAUAUGUGCCAUCAGCCAACUCAGGCCUUGGGUAAUAAUCAUGACAUUCACAAAAAUCAAUCGAUCCAUUUAGACUUGAGGUUUAUUUUAUUAAGGAAUAAAUCUAGUUUGUUUUUUUACUGCUGAUUGUAUUUUUCCCUCUGUUGGUUGUUACUUUUAUUCAUUUGAUCUGUAAAGCAAAAGGCAGGUAAUUGCGCCUAGCAGUAUACUAAAAAAAUAUAUAGAUAAUUUAUUUUAUGUAUGUAUUUUGCAUUUGGCCCAUUUUUGUGCCUUUUGGUUCAUCUGAAUAUUUCUUUGUUAAUGAAAUUUGGCCAGGUGGCCAUAUGGCCGAAAUUUGUCAGUCCCGAAUUCUUAUUUUAUUUUAUGCAAAGUUGGUUAAGCUGAAAAAAACAUUUCUAAGCCUUAUGUCUGCUAAGUGAAAGUGUUAAAUACAUAAGUUAAAAUAUCAGAUUGAUGACUAAAAAGUAAAAUCACUAACUGUGCAUUGUUUGUUUAUCUUUCUUGCAGUUUCUGAUUUGUGGAGUGUGCGGAAUUUUCUGUGCAAAAAAGAAAUCAGGACUUAUAGUAAGUAUUUCUGUUUUCUAACACAUCCAUUUCACCUGUAGAAUCACCAACGGUAUUUCUUGAGAAAAAUGUUUAUCCAGUGCUGAUCUGUUUUAAUAAAACCUUCUUGUCUUUAAAGGGACACUUCACUGCUCAAAUACAAAGUAAAUAAAACAUUACUAUUUUGUAGAUCUACACCCCAAUGCAUGCAGACUUCCUAAUGCAGUUCAAUGCAAGGCAGGUGCUCAGGUUAAUUGCCUGCCUCUUGAGUUAAUCUCCAGGGAGCUAACCAAACCAGGAAGUAACAGGGCCAGUUGUCUGACAAGCCAGGGGUGCAACCAGGUUUAUUUAUGAAUGUGCCAAUUUCCAACUGAAAUCUGCACAUUUACUAAACUGAAAAAGAGGACACGCUCUUCACACUUAACCACUUCAGCAAGCUAAAGUGCUUUAGAGGUUUGGAGUGUACUGUGUUUCUUUAAGGAUCCCAUUCUGAAACAUAAUGAUCUGCUGAUUUAGUAAAUGUAGACCUGCACAGAGCUGUCUACCCUUACAGAGCUAGAUAAGUGUCAAACCGUUUGUAUGAAGUUCGAUAGCUUACUGUGGAUUGGCAGGGCACAUCUGACACCAUAACCAUACCUCCUAACAUUCCAAAUAGAGAAAGAGGAACACUUUAAAGGGAUUCUAUAGAACCAGGAAAACAACCCUGUUUUCCUGGCACAAUAGGCUUCUGGAGUGCCCCCCUCCCUCAGUUCCCCUCUCCCAUGGCGUUGAAGGGGUUAAAACUGGCUGGGAGACUUAAUGCGCAUGCACUUCAAUGGCCGCGCGCAUUAGACCUUCCAAUAGGAAAGCAUUAUUCAAUGGUGAGGAUGUCCAGUGUCAGAUAAUGGACCAAAAGUCUUUUUGGAUUCCGGAAGCCCUCUAGUGGGCAGAGGGCAAACUUAGAGCUGCAAUGUAAUGUUUUACAUUGCAGCACUAGGUGCAAAAGGGUCACAGCACACAGACUACUUUAAUUAGCUGAAGUGGUCUGGGUGCCUACAGUGUCCCUUUAAUUAAGGUGUGAGUUGGGUGUGGCCAGGGUGGGGCUGUUCAGAGAACAUUUAGGUGACUUACUAAUAACAAUUAAUGCAACUAAAAUGGAAUUUAGAACAAGAACAAUGUAUCUUAUUUAAACAGACUGAUUUCUAAACACAUUUAUAGUAGUAUAAGGACACAUUAAUGUCAGUUCAGUUAUACACUCAGACACACCCACAAUAUGAAGCUCCUAGAAAAGAGGGAAAAGUGGGAAAUUAGGUCAAAAAGUGGAACAGAAGGAUUUGGGCUCAGAAUAGGGACUGCUCCUCCUAAAUAGGGAUACUUGAGAGGCAUGCUAUAACCACAACAGUAUGCUGUAGUGGUUACAGUGCUAGAAUAUCCGUUUAAUCAGAAAAGUAACUACAAACACAAUCGCAUUUCUGAGUGUGAUUGUCUUGGGUAACCCAAGGUUUCUUUUUAUGGUUUAUCAGAAGAAUGUGUGUUAACAUUUUAAUAAAUUUAUGAAGCCAUAAAAAAGAUCGGAGUAUGGGGUUUGUCCUGCACUGGCUGCUUGAAUUAGCUUCCAUGUGACAGUGGAGGAUCCCCAUGCCUCUCUCAUUGACUUGCUAAACAAAGUAUGUGUGGGUUAAGUUCUGUUUUGGCCUCCAAGGUGAAGGUAAAACUGCUAUAUAAAUAGUGCAAUGACUCACGGUCCUCAUUCUGUCACAUGGAAAUCUGAUUUGCCCAAAGUUAGCUGUUUUUUUUUUUCUCAACCUAAUAUUUGCUGUGAGUUUAAGAAGUCCAGUGAAUCAAAAGGAUACAAUAUCAAACAAAAUAAACAGGCAAUAAAUAAAUAUUGCUGGUCUAAUUUUCUGGGAACAAAAAACAAACCUCAGAUUUACUCAAUGUUUUGGCUUUGCUAAACCAAUACACAUCAGAGGAAAUGUAUAUUUGAGAAAAAAAUGCAAAAGAAGCAUUCUCAGGUCUUAAAAAGCACUCUACACCCUGAAAGCACUUCAAGAUUGCUUAAUUGCGGUUGAUUUCAAGAGAAUGUGGCCCUUUUAUGAAUUGAUUUGGAAUAAUUUGAGAACUCCCUCCUGGACGUCGUGUUGACAGCCUGAUUCAUUCUGCUUUAACAACUGUUCAAGCAGACGUGACAGCUACCUUAUGGAAACAUUAAUGAAUCAUUCCCUAUUAGAAGCAAUCUAUUGAGCGAUCACAACAAUUGCUGCAUUUGAUCGGUACAAUUGCCCAUCAAGAGUCAAUAUUCUCCCAAUAAGAAGGGGAGACAUCAGUGACAGUCACCCUGGGGUGGAGCGCAGAAGCCGUGACAGAGGAAUUGCUGCAGGAUGAAAAAAAGAUGUUAUUCUUAUUUAAAGGGACACUCCAGGCACCCAGACCACUUAAGCCCAUUGAAGUGGUCUGACUGCCAACUCCCAUCACCUUUAACCCGGCAAGUGUAAUUAUUGCCGUGUUCAUAAACUGCAAUAAUUACCUUGCAGGGUUAAGUCCUGCUCUAGUGGCUGUCUAUGCAUGAGGACCUCCAACGUCGCCAGAAUCCCCAUAGGAAAGCAUUGAAUAAUGCUUUCCUAUGGGGAGGUCUAAUGUGCAUGGCCAUUUCCGCUCAUGCGCAUUAGGUCUCCCCCGCUAGCUGACAUCGGCGGGGGAGGAGCAUGAGUGCAGCCUGACUCAUCAUCUAGGGCAGGGGUAGGCAACCUACGGAACUAGAGGUGCCUUUGCACGGCACUCAAGGCUACAAGAGCCAAACAGGCUCUGGCCUGUCAGGAGUCCCAGUGAAACGUCAGAAAUCUGCUAAUAUGAAAAGGUGGUGAAGGACAAUCCUCCAUUUAUGCAUUGCAGCACCUAGAGAAAGUGAUCUCAGAUCACUUCCUCGCAGCACUUGUGAAUGGGAAUCCACACUGGAGUAGAGCAGCCCACAGCUUCCUGUUGCAGCUUCUGUCCUUGAGCUGUACCUGGCCAACCUGGACCCCACAAAAACCCAGGGAAGCCUCAGAGCUACAGAAUAACCCUCCCCUCAUACAAAUUAUACAAACACACACACAGUCCGCACAAUCACAACACCACCAACAAUCCAAAUACAUGCACACAACCCCACAUGCAGCCUCUCACAUGCAAUACCCCAAACAGCCCCACACAUACUCACACUACCAAAUACACAAUGUGACAUAUCCACCCACACACAAUUCCACAAGCAGCCCCCAUACACAGCCCAAAUUCAUAUGUAUUAUACAUGAUACCACAAACUAUUAAUGAACAUAUACAAUAUAAUAGCUCAUAUACGCACAAAUACAACGAUACAAAGCAAAUGCAGUAUAAAUAACACAAGCAGAAUAUGGCAACAUGCACACCUCAAUUUAAAGAAAUAGGACCGACAUGCUACGGGACAUCACAAUCAUAUUUCGGCACAGUGCUGCUAAAAGGUUGCCUACCCCCGAUCUAGGGACAUCAGCGCUUGAUUCAGGUAUGUCACUGUAUAGGUUUUAACCUCUUCAGCAACAUGGGAUGGGAGGGAGGGGGGCAUUGCAGGAUCCUGUACUGUCAGGAAAAUGGGCUUGUUUUCCUGGCACUGGAGAGUGCCUUUAAAGUUAAAGGGGGUGCAUCUGGCACUUAUGAAAUUAAUAUCCAAUGAAUAUUGGUUUUAAUGUUGGAGUGUUCCUUCAAAGUUGCAUAGAUUGGCAUCAAUAUGUUGAUUAUCCUCAAAGUUAAUCACAUAGAAUACAUUUUAUUGUCUUUAUUCAAAUUUCAAAGACCAAAAUAACAGAUUUGGAAAAUUAUCUGUCGGUUCAUUUUCCGUUUUGGCUAUGGCCUAAAAUUAGCAAAUCUCUUUUCACUUUAUAAUUAUAGCUUUAUUUGAAUUUUUUAAUUUUGUUUUUUGAUUUUUGGGGUAUACUAGUUACGCCAGAAUAUUAGGGUACAGGCUGCUCAGAUUAUUCUCUUAUUAUUAGCAUUAUUAUUCUGCAGUAUUAGUAUUUCUUAUUAGAUUAUUUUCUAAAAUAUGAAUUGUUGGGAAUUUACUUGAAAACUAUAUGUUUUAGCUUUUAGGCCAUGCUGAAAAUAAAAAAAUAAAACGUUAAAAAAAAUGUUAGCUAUGUUUGCAGCUCAGCCGUUUUGGCCCAAAUCUGACAUAUUAAAAUUCACAUUUUAAUAGUUAGCCUUAUAGAUAUCAUAAAACAAUGCCAUUUUUCUAUACAUUGUCCUAGCAAAUGUAUAGUUUUGGAGAAAAGACUAUUAAAAAUAGGUCUUCGGACCACCUGUCAAUCAAAUCUUAGGCAUAAGAUUGACUGACAAAGGAGAGUAGAAAAGACCUCCCACAGGUCAUCCUUCUGUUCUCCACACAUAGCAACCACAGUCCAUGUUCUGUGGUUGUUGUGGCAAUUCAUUAGCACCUAGUGCUUCCAGCACUGGCUAGGGAGUAUAGGAACAUAGUGACUGAUGUCACUCCAUUCAGAUGCUGGCAACAAAGUGACCAGGUUGUUGUCACACAGGAGUUUUGCCCUGUUUGGGCAGAAAAUUACAUCUGCUAAUGUAGUAUGUUGUUAUCACAGGGAAAAAGAGAUGCACUUACACUUUGUGGAGAUAUAGUGUAGCUCCUAUUUAUGCACCACUUCAGGGCUCCAAAAAAUACGAGUGCAUAUUCAUUUAUUUACUUAUCCUGUGUCCUAUUCUAAAUAUGCUGGACCCUUGGCCUUUUUACUUGUUGCAUAUCAAAUGGAAAGAGAUACACUCCAAAUCCACAGGUGUGGAUUAUGCCGAUCUAGCACAUAAACAGAAGCUACACUAUAGCUUCACAAAGUGCAAGUAAUCAUAAUUUUCAUUAAAAUCAGCGCUUUGUGAAUGCAUGGAUCCUAUAUUUUAUAUAGGAUGUAGAUGCAAAAAGCACUAAUUUGAUUUUAGUAAUUCUGAGAAUUACCAGUCUGGUUAGGAUGCAUUCAUUUUCACUAAAUGGUGUCCCUCUGGACAAAAUUUGAUAAUUUGGUGUUUAAUAAAUAAACCUGCAAGGUAAUAAAAAUGAGGCUUCUAUAUAUCUGCAACUUGUAGUAUUCUGGCUGGAACGACUUAAGUUGUAAAUGGUAUAUAAAUAUCAAUAAUAAUAAUAAUAAUAAUGUGCAUGAGGAGAAACAAAUUAAUUAAUUUCAUUUCCAUUAAUUAAUUUUUGAAUUUUGGGUUGUCCUAAAUUAGAAUAAAUACUGAGUUGGAUGAAUUGAAUUCCUUCCAAAAAAUUUUUAAUUUUUGAAAUUUGGAUACCUAUUAUUCACUCUCGGGAAUGAAUGAAGGCGUCAGUCACAAAGUUACAAUGUACCAAUUUAGGGAGUUAUUUCCUAAACUGCUGAAAGAUCAACAUUAAGAGAAGCCCUUUUCUUAAUUUUGAUCUUUAAACUAUUUAGCAGAUUACUUACGUGGGAUUGCCAUAAGGAUACCAAUUACCAAAUAAGGGAGAUAUCUGCUAAACAAUGGCCUAAUUUGAUAUCCUUAAAUAUAGCAAUAGGUACAAAUGUAAAGGUACACUAUAGGAACCAGAAGACCUACAGCUUAUUGUAUUUUUUCUGAUGAGUAUACGCCAGAAUAUUAGGUACCUUCAGGCUUUUUGCAGUAAACACUGUAUUUUCAGAGAAACUCCAGUGUUUACAUUACCACCUAGAGAUACUAAAGAUGCUUCCUGGGGUAGAGCUGCACACUAUGCAGAACUGCCAUUCAGUGUCUACACCCUCUUCAUGGAGACGCUGAACUUUCUUCAUGGAGAUGCACUGAUUCAAUGCAUUUCUAUGAGGAGAUGCUGAUUGACCAGGGAUGUGUUUGGCUUGUACUGGCUCUACCCCUGAUCUGCCUCCUUAACAGUCUUAGCCAAUCCAAUGCUUUCCUAUGAUAUUGGCAAAUCAGGGGCAGACCCAGCACCAGCAGACUGGAAUAAAGGUAAGAUGUUUACUAUAUUUAGGGCAGUACGGGUGCGGGGAGGAGAGGGAGGGUAUAAGGGCUAGAUGGUGUUUUUAACAUACAUGAAUAAAUAGUAAUCUGUUCUUAUUGUUGCACUGUCCAUUGUUUAGUAGAUAGCUCCCUAAUUACGACAAUCCCACAGCUAGCCAGUCACAAUAAAGUAUUGAAAAAAUUAUGUUUAAUAUUCAAAAUACUUUUUUCCUGAGUUCUUCCAUUGACUCCAAUAUAUUAUUCCAAGUAUUGUUUUAUUUCAAUUAAAAGAACACUCUAAAGAAGGUUAAAAUUUAAAUAUUGGCCUCGGUACAGCAGCUGCUCCUCCUCUUCUGAAAUUGUUAUUUGUGAUGCCUUGGCCCAAUCCAGCGCUUCUCAUGAAUAGCAUUGGGGACAUACUGGGUAUUUGCAGAAGUAACUAUGCUCCGCCAUUUAGUUGCUUCUCAUAGAGUAACAUGGAAUCCAAUGCUUCUUUAUUAGAACCAUUUACAACAUCCAGCAACUUCAUGCUAUGCAUGAGUACAUCAAAUGUGAGUACACCAAAACUAGAAGAUAUUCAGUUAAACAGUGCCUCUAGUUCAGGAAUAGGCAAACCUUGGCACUCUUCUUUUGUGAACUACAUAUCCCCUGAUGCUUUGCCAGCAUUCUUAUUCUAAGAGCACUGUGGAAGAUGUAGUCCAUAACAUGUGGAGUGCCGAAGGUUGCCUACUCCUGCCCUAGUCCCUUUAGACAGACAUUUGAGGUGUACCUUAGGCAAAAUGUAAAUAUUACAAGGCAAUGUUUUAGAUUUCCAAGUAAAAUGUACUGGGUCUAUUCACCAAAACAACUUUCUUAAAAUUAAGCAGUUUUUAUUUUGUUUUGUUUUUUUGUUUUUUAACUCCAAAUGGACAAAAUCUUCUAUCCAAAUCACAAUUUUAGAUCAAAUGUACAUUUUAUCACUGAAUUUUGAAAUUAGGAGGCACAUUCAGAGACUAAUAUAGAAUCCUUUAAAAUCAUAUGCUUUGGAGGUUUGUUAACUAAACGUUAAAGUGUUGUUUGGUACACCAAUAACCAAGUUUUAAAAUGUGGUAACAUUUGCAAAGUAUGAAAAAAUUAGUGAACUGUAGUUUUUUUUAUCCAAAUUGGUCGUUUUUGUAGCUCACUACAUCAAUACACACUGACUCACAAUUUAUUAAAUUCCAAAGUGAUGGUUAUAGCAUUCAUUUUUUUUUCUAAUUUAUAGACUAAUCUUUCUACAUGAGUUUAAAAAAGUUAUUAGAAUUUUAUGUUAAUGAUACAGAAAACGUAUCCAGCAUGAAAAGUGAGUUUUUCAACAUGAUUCUAAUCAGUGUUUGCAGCCAGAUAUGUUAAGUCUUGUAGAAUACGGUUUGAUAGAUGAUGAUGGAAUAAUAUUGAAUAAUGAACCAUUGCACCUUUUCUUUAUUGUAUAGAUGAUUCUAUUCUCUGCCUGCUGUAUUUGUGGAUUAAUUGGAGGAAUAUUAAACAUUCAGUUCCUGCGUGCCCUGACCAAGAGAUCAUCAUCACUUUAUUCUUUGCACCUUGCGUCCAUAUCGCUUGCAUGUAUAGGAAUCAGUGGCUGCACGAUAUCGACGUGGCUAACCUGUCGACUAGCUAGCUACGAGCAAAGGAGAAUGUUUCUAGAAAGAGAACAUUCACUUCAUCAUUCUCAUGAAAUGACAGAAAAGGUAAGUCAUGACAGUAAUUCUAAGUUUACAAUAAUUAAUUUACAGGACAUAAAAAUACUUUAAAUGAGUAAAAGAGCCAGUGGCGGAACUACCUCCAUUACAGCCGGGCCUGCUGGCUCAUUUGGCCAAUUGGGUGGCCCAUACACUAAGGGUGACCCGAUGGGUAAUUUUGCUUUUUUGCGUAACAGUGGCCUGGUCGGGUGCCGGAGCCCUUUAAGAGCCUGACUGGGCUCCUGUGAUAUCUGCCAGCUGGGAGGAAUUGACAGCCUGCCACUCAGUGGUGUAUCCUGGUUUUGUGCUGCCCUAGGCAGGACAAAACUCAGGCACCCCCCCGCGCCACCCCCACCCGCGCAACCGCCACCCAACCUUCCUCCCUGCUCCGCCUUCUAAAUACACACACACACACAUUCACUGACAGAUACGCAUUCACUAGCUAACAGAAACACACACUCACUAACAGACACACACACUCACAGGCAAACACACACACACACACUAACAGACAUCCACACUAACAGACACACACUAACAUUAACACACACACACUAACACUAACAUACACACACACACUAACAUACACACACUAACACACAAACACUAACAGACACACUAACAUACACACACUAACAGAUAUCCACACACACUAACACACACACACACUAACAUACACACACUAACAUACACACUAACAGACAUCCAUACACACACUCACUAACCCACACACACACACUAACAUACACACACUAACACUAACAUACACACUAACAGACAUCCAUACACACACUCACUAGUGUUUUUUUUUUUUUUUUAUUUAACCCCCCCCAGCCUCCUUACCUUUGGUAAUGCUGGGGGGGGGGGUUCUUCCUCUCCCUGGGGUCCAGUGGCUGCAGGGCGGGCGGGCGGCCGCCGAGGGAGCUCUUCCCCUGAGCGCUCUGCUCAGCUCCCUCGCGCGCCGCCAGCAGAGUGAGGCUGGGAGCCGGAAUAUGACGUCAUCAACCCGGCUCCCAGCCUCACUCUGCUGGCGGCGCGCGAGGGAGCUGAGCAGAGCGCUCAGGGGAAGAGCUCCCUCGCCGGCCGCCCGCCCAGCGCUGCAGCCACUGCCGCCCAGCGCCCAGAAUGUCUGUUAGCCGCGAGGCUAACAAGACAUUUGCCUUGGGCAUUUGGGGGGCGGCGUUUUUUGCCGCCCCCUGAAAAAUGCCGCCCAAGGCAAAUGCCUUGUUUGCCUCGCGGCUAAUACGCCCCUGCUGCCACUUCCUCACUGCUCCUUACUGAGCAUUGUGGGGAGGGAGGCAGGAAGCGCCAAAGGAGGCACACAGGCAGCUUGAGGGAAAAGAAGCUUCAGCAGACUCCUACACCUGCUCCCUGCAGCCAGCAGAAGCAGAACUCCAAGCAGCCACCCUUCUGGAAAUGAAAGGUAUGUUAUCAGGAGGGUGACUGCAAAUAUAAACAUUGACUUUUAUGUGUUUAUGUAAGAUUGUGUCAGUAUGUGUUUGUCUGUGUGUGUGUCAAGGUGUGCAUGUGUCAGUGUGUGUAUCUUUGUUUGUAUGUGUCAGUGUAUAUAUAUCUGUAUCUGUGUUAAUGUGUAUGUAUGUCUGUGUCAGGGUGUGCAUCUGUGUAUAUGUAUACAUGUCAGUGUGCCAGGGUGCACAUAUCUGUAUGUCAGGGUGUGUGUCAGGGUGUGCAUCUGUAUAUGUAUAUACAUGUUAGUGUGUGUGUCAGAGUGCGUGUAUUUGUGUGUCAGGGUGUGCAUCUGUAUAUGUAUUUACAUGUCAGUGUGUGUGUGUGUCAGGGUGUGUGUCAGAGUGUGUGUAUGUAUGUGUCAGGGUGUGCAUCUGUGUGUAUGUAUUUAAUGCAUCUCUAUGUGGAGAUGCUGAUUGGCCUAGCAUGGUAUUUUGAGGCAAAUGCUUUCAUAUAAGAAGGCAUUAAAUUUGCUGAGAUCAAGUUAGAUGAUCAUUAAAAUAAUCAGUAAGUUUCAUUAAAUGUAACAAACUAAAAAAAUGAGAAGUGAACAUGUGAUGAAAGUCGUCCCUUAAUCUAAAAAUGUAAAUGUAACAACUAGCAACCAGAGGGCUAUCACACAGAUAUGUAUGUACAUGGCAUGUCAAAAUCACAGUUUAAUAACCUAAUAAAAUGUUUUUGGAUAUUUUGAAUAAGUACAUCACCAAUAAAAUAGAAAUAAAAUAAAACAAAUAAUGCCUAUUUCUGCUUAAGGUUGAUCAUAGGCCAAAUGAAAGUGCACAAGAUGUGCAUUUUUAUAAUGUCCAUUUGUGGUUGCCAAGGCAACAACUUAGGUAAAUGCUAAUAUAUGGAUGUAUCUUAGCUUUUUGAAUGUAAAACUUUGAAACAAACCAUUCAUGAGAAAAUGUUCUUUGUCAAAAAUCAUCCCACCACUAGUAUGUUAUUUUAGGCUGAAAGUGACAAAAAUAUGUAAUCAGUUUGACAUUUGUUAACACAUACAGAAUUACUCAGUAAAUGUGAAUUUAAAGUUAAUUCAAAUUGAACUUCACAUUUAAGACCAAAGAAGCUGAUCUGAGUUACAGAUCAAUUUGUCCUUUUCUGCUACUUUUGCCUUAAGUUUCAAAUUAAUUUUAAAUUCUCAUUUAAGUAAAUAGCCUUAUUGGUAAUUUACAAUAUAAUGUCCUUAAUGACUUUAGAAAUGUUACAUCCUCUAAAACAUUGUAGCUCUACAGAUGAGAAAAAGGAAGUGAUGUAUGAAAAAGAAAGAGAUUUUCUUGAUCUAUCCCAUUAUUUUGUGACUAUUGCCUGAAGCAAUGAUAUAAGCCGGUUACUGCCCGGCCAGAAUACUAAUUAAAGCUAGUGAUAAAUAAAUAAAUUAUCCAACAUAUCCCAUGAUGACACUGGGGAAUUUCACAGGAGAAUUCUAGUGAAGAAAAAAAAAAAGAUUUAAUUUGAGAAUAUCUAAGCCGAUUGGAGAAUAAUGAAAAGUUAUAUGCUUUCAGUUUUUCACUACCAAAUAUGUUUGUUUAAAAUUAUUAACAUAUCAUUUGUAGUCAAUAGGUUUUUAUAGAAAGGUAAGAGUCGUGACAAAAAAAAUAUACAUAAAUUAAAAUGAAAAAGGAUAAGCAUCACAAGUUGAAACAGUGAAGACAGUAGUCUGUGAUAUCAUACCUCCCAACAACUGUAGUACCUGAAUCGGGAAUCUGGUGGGAGGGUGCUACAGAGGGGUAGGGGCAGUGAAUACACACCAGUUGUUUUAGACUCUGCAGGGAGCACUGUUUCAAUGCUCUUUACAUGGUCCUAGUGCCCUAAACAUGGAAUGAGCACUUCUAAUUAUGCGCUUGUGCAAUGCUUGUUGGGAAAAUCCCUGGUGUCCCUAAAAUAGGACACCUGGGGACUGAGGAGGGAAAGCAGGACAGGACCAAAACAUCAUGACUGACAUGCCAAAAUCAGGACCGGGAGGCAUGUGAUUUAAUAGUCCAAAAACUAAAAAGUCGCAAUUAUAAAACAAAUGAAAUUCACAGGCUAUUUACUAAAGUGAGAACUCAAAGUGAAUUUUAAAUUUAAGGCCAGAGUAGCUGAACUGAAAGAAUAGCUGACUUAGACAAUUUUUCAGUUUUAGCUACUUUUACCUUAACCCCUUAAGGACACAUGACAUGUGUGACAUGUCAUGAUUCCCUUUUAUUCCAGAAGUUUGGUCCUUAAGGGGCUAAGGAGACACUAAAGCCACCAGAACAACUACAGAUUAACAUAGAAAAGGCAGUGUUUACAUUGCAGUCUUUGGACACCUCUAGUGGCAGUCAGAAAGCAUUGCAUUGGCUGAGAUUGUCAUUUCUGAUGAUCUCAGCCAAGGAGUCAGGGCGGGGCCAGCGCCAGCUGACCCGUGCAGCACUGGAAAUAAGGUGAGUUUUAACACUAUUUCAGGUGGGAAAGGGAGGAUGCCACAAAUAGUGUUAUUAAAACUAUAGGGUCAGGAAUAUAUGUUCAAAACCAUGUGAAAAAUGGAGGGCUGUUGGUAAAAAAACAAAAAGGAGAAAAACCUGUGGGAAGAAAACUAUCAGUAUGGUGGGCUCUAUCUAUAAGGAGAACUGAAUGUAAUAGUUUGGUGAGUUUGGAGAAUUCUGCAUUGUAGUGAGCUAUUGUGGUCAUAUAUGAAUAUAAGUUGUCCUGCCUUCGGAGGCACAUUAAACUCCAGACAGUAAUACCAUUUAGCAUUAUAUUUCUUUCCCUCCUUGAUUCAGUCUGCUGCAAGGUUCUCAUGGCUUCUGAUUGCUUGUACAACUCUGAAUUAAGUUGCUAUUAGCUGUACAUGAAAAUAUUUUAGGUGGCAUGUGCGUAGGUAGAUGGUAUUGUGUAUGGGCAUAUACCGGUGAACCAAUCACUUUGCUUGCCUGAAAUAAUUAAACCACAGACUUACUUGGUGAAAAUAGGCCACAGGUUUAUUAAAUCUAAAAUACGUAUAAAUCUUUAAACUUCAACUUUAAAACAUAAAAAAUCCUAUAUACAUAACUUACUCAGUAAAUAUAUACAUCACUGAGUACCACCUUGCCAACCAAAAACAAUCACUUGGGCAACUGCCCUCUCCUCUCAUCCCAACCAGCACAAGGCCUUUCUGGGCCUUCCAUUCUAUGCUAAUGCUAACCACUAGCUGAUCAUUGGCUCAGUUGGCAGGUCUGUUAUUCAUAACUGUACCUGAAGUUAGGGUCACUUUCCACGGACCACUGGUCAAACCCCCAGGUUGACAAGGGCCAUAAGCCCCACUGGUUUACCCCCUAAAUCAGCGGGGCCACCCCAGCACCAAAGCUAUGGCCUCCUCCAAAGCAUCCUGUAACGCCAAAUUGAACAAGUUAAGUCCCAACUCUGUAAGGUGGACCCCAUCACCCCUAAAAUACAUAGAUGCAUUUUGCUUGAAGAUGCAGUGAUGCACCAUGAGCCCCCUCAUUCCCUUCCUAAAUGUAGACACCUGCUUGUUCAGCUUAAUCCUGCUCCUCUCAAGCGCCCUGGGGUCCCUUUCACCCCUCCAAUAAUUCCGGGACAGCACCUCAGACCAGACAAUACAGAAUUUCGGGUACUUGAGCCGUAACUUGGCCAAAUCCUUCUGGAUCAUUUCACCCAGAUCCCACACUGGAAUACUGCCAAGAUGGUUUCCCUCCCAGAUGAAUUAUGAGCACAUCAAGAACACUGAGUAAGCGAGCCAACCGGACCAUUUCAGGCAACAGGUACGCCCAGCGCAUGCCCCGGGAACCGAACUGACGGACAUCCGUCACCGAUGGAGACAGACCCAGCUGCUUCCCCCCGAAUAAACUUCAGCCCGCUGUUGUGCCCAAUAAACGUAGGAAUAGCCGAUGACCUACACUCGUCUUCCAGCACUUACGGAGACAAAAGGGGAAACGGAAUCAGUCAAGCUGGAUGAACGUAAGAACGGACCUUCCUAGAUUCCCACCUCCCAAUCCAUUGGAUAUCCUAAGAAAACCCCAGUGGCAGCCCCUAUCCGAAACGAGUGCCCCCUAAACUCUGCACUAGGUAACCCCAAAGCCACCAACACCAUGCGGAAAACCCUGAUAAAUUGGAAUUGAGAUGAGAAACUGGUGUUCCCGUGAAUGAGUAAGGGGCCCGCGCACACUGGGCGAAACUCGCAGAAUGCAUGAAAACAGGCCAAAGGACAAAUCAGGGAUCUGCUGUAACGUGACCAAAGUACCCCAGCCAAGAACAUCCGUCUUGGACUUACGCAGCAAAAAAUGCACCACCCCAUCUCACUAAAAUCUUCGCCAUACAACAAUCCCCCAGUGACCGCCUUGGAUGGGUUAACGAGCUCCCCUACCCGUGUGGCCCCGAAAAAAAGGCAAACGUGAAUGCCAAACGAAACAGCGCCACUUCAAACGGAGAAGAACAGACCUGUAGCAAAACUCUAAAGAGGCCCACCAUCAAAGCACCCGAAACCAGCCUCUGUAAAUCCGAAACCCUGGGCCCCCUACACCUAUCCCUCAUCACCAAUGAGACUAAAACAUCCUUCAUGAGAUCCAGGGUCCUGGUGAGUUUGAACUAAAAACUGAGCCCUGGCAAUUUACCUGAAACACACGAGUAAGCACAGCCUGAUGCCUCCCAUAACCAGAUUAAUCGUAACAGAACGUGCAAUUGUUCUCAAUCAGACUGGAAACUCUGCCAUGUAUACUCCAAGACUGAACCAUGGAUCCAGGACAUUAAUGGGUCAGCCCAGAAAGCCAACCUCGUCCGCCCCCAGUGCUGCCACCCUGAACCCACGCCACUGCAAACGAGAGAGCAUUCGUUGUAAUAUUAUUAACCCCGGGGACAUGCACAGCCCGACAGUACACAUUUAACAUCAAGCAGCAAAGAACCAGGUGCUGCAGCAGCCGACAAAUUGUUAAUGGCCAGCAUAUUAUCACAGUGGAAGACCACCCUCCGAUCCUGUAGAAGAUCCCCCAGAGCUCCACCUCAACCACUAUAGGGAAAAGUUCCAAGAAGGCCAAAUUCCUUGUUAAGCGCGCGGCAUGCCAAGACUCCGGCCAGGAGUGUGCACACCAAUGGACCCCAAAGAUGGCCCUAAAAGUCCACUGCCCGGCCACGUCAGUAAAGAGAUGGAGCUAGACAUUGGACACCUCAGUAGCUUGCCAAUAGGAACGCCCAUUAAAACCUUACAAGAAGAUGGACCAAACUGCCAAGUCCUCGUGCAGGGGGCGAGUGAUCCGCACAUAAUGAUGAGGAGGUCGCCGCUGCCAAACGACGAGUAAAACAGCCUACACAUGGGAAUAAGCCGGCAUGCGAAUUGCAGCUUGCCCAAGAGCGACAACAGCUGCCACAAUUAAAUCUUCUUGAGCAACCCAGCUGGCCAAAACCAGGCUGCAAAAAUCCAAAACUUUAUCCCCAGGCAAGCAACGCUCCCUAGCAACUGAAUCAAUCUCAAUCCCCAAAAAACUCAAACAAGUUGAAGCACCCACUGUCUUAUCAGGGGCCAGAGGAACCCCCAAAAAAUCAUCCAAGUAGUGUAAACGAGAAUCACAAGCCACCUCCUCCCGUAACAUUCAAAAUAGAAACAGGAAAUUGAGCAAUCUAUGGGCAGGCACGGGUCCACAUAAUAACCAUCCCGGAAAAACAGCCCAGCAAAUGGUGGCAUUCCGGGUGCACCGAAAGCAGCCAAAAGGCCGCUUUGACAUCCGCCUUAGCCUCCAAAUCUUUUCCCAUACUUCCUGGUGCAAAUGUAACCCGAGAGGGCUCGACUAAAACAUGUAGGCCGCUGCAACCACAGCUACUGAAGGAGGUAGAUGUGGACACCACAGGGGCUGGGGCCAUAGACGUCCCCCUCGGCACGGACACCACAUUCCCCUCCCAAAAGAAACAAAGGAAGCAUCCCAGCCCACACGAGCCUGCACAUCCAGAGAAGGGGGGUGCAGAGACCCCGCCACCGAGCUACACUCCCACUGAUCUAAAAAUCCCCAUAAACAACCCACCAGAGAACCCCAAUGAGGCUGAAACGUCCCACCAGAGCCAUCCCCAAGCCCGGCCCGACCGUCCUCCACCACAAAACCAGACUCACAAGACGGUGCAGGAGUCGACUGGAGCAGCAGAGUCAUGCCACUAGGAGGUUGGGCCAGAGCUGCAGCAACCAGCAGAAAGGAAACCAGAGUAGAACCCAAUGAUGCUUGAAACAUAGCCCGGUCCAGAGCCACCUGGAUUUACCUGGAACAGGUAAAUCCAUAUCCCUCCCCCCCCCAGACCCGGAAUGGGAGUCCCACCCUAGGGGACGGGGAAGGAGGGGAUGCCCAGUAGGCCCAGACAAAAUACCCAGGGAAGGAAGUGGACUAGCAGAGCCACUAUGGGAAGGGGACAGCUGUCUCCCACUACUCCCAGCCAGGCCCCACACAUCGGGAGGGAAAACCUCUGCCCCCAGGAAGUACCCUGUGGCCUAAUCACCUGCCUGGAGUCCACCUCUCCGUCCUCUUUGGCUGCACGUGGCAGAUCCACAUGAGAUGAUUGGACCACCAGAAAACCCUCGGCAGCCCUGGAAGGAGAUCCAGCCUGUGCAGGUGCAGCAUUUGCCCGCAUAGCCACAUACCAGCCGGCCCAGCAGGUGGGAAUGUGGCACCUGCUUUGAAGGGCUGGAGAUGAAAACUGGAAAUGAGCACGGACUGCAGCAGACCGCCUCGCCACCCGGGCAGCAACGGGAGCCUGCGGGGGAGACGAACCAAGGUGCACCAGGUGCAGACCCUCAUCUUGUAAGGCCUCAGCCCUGAGGACAGAAAGGACAGCCUCGACAUCCAUACUCAGACCCUGGCCUGAAAACAGCACUUGGCAAGCAGGUACACAAGGGAAGCAAAUACCAACGCAACCACCAAGCUGUUACCAACUGAUAAUUAAAAUUGCUUAGCCUGUAAAAUGCCCAUCUAUUCUUACUGUCACACCCCUCUGUCGCUAAUCUUCCUCCCACCCUUGAUACCCUAAUGACCUCCUACCAUUCUAUCUAUACACUUCCCCUCACACUCACAUGUCCCUGUUCUGUCUAGGCCUUGCCUGACUCCUCAGGGUCUGAAAUGUAUUAGAUACCAUACCAUAUCAGUUAUCACACAAAGUCUGAAAUAUAAGUAUAGAAGCAAUACAAUUUUGAGAACUACAGUAGUAUAAAUAUGUAGAAAUAAAAAACAGGUAUUUGCUUAUAUAUAUUUGGAAGGAUCUUCAUAGGUUUUCAUCAGUAUAGCUUCCUAAAACUGACAAUAGAAUGUAAAAGUGGGUAUAUACCCACAGCUUGUAAGUGAAAUUAAACCAUCUCUUUCUAAAAUACAUGGACAAGCAUUAAAUCAACACUCCAAGCACCAUAACUACUACAGUACGCUAUAGUGGUUAUGUUGCAAGAAUUGCCAGAACUCUCCCCCCUUGUGAGAAGUCAAACCUUAUUGAACAAUCUACUUCUUACCUGGGUCAGUGGCAAAACUAAUGUAGAGAAGGCCCUUAAGCAAAAAAGUUUUUAGGAACCCCUCCAGGGCAAAGGUGACCAAAAGGUUGAUCCUUAACUUUCGUACAUCUCCCGAUGAUUCUUUGCCAGAUGAGGAUCUAUCAUUUGCCCAUCCUUGCAUGUUGUAUUUGUGAGCAGUGUUUGUGUGUUUGAAUAUUUUUGUAUGGAGUAUGUGUGUGUGUGUGUGAAUGUAGGGAUGCAUUUGUGUGUAGUGAAUGCAGUUGUGUUUAUACAAACUUUUGCCAUUUGAUUGCAGUG